AGAUAAACAAAACUUGUUUAUAUUGAACACGCCAAAAAUAAAUUGACUUUGUUCUACGCUCGUUCAACGCUCUUCUCUGCAAAAAAAUUUAAUUAGUUUUCGCUGCUUUCAACACCUCUCCCGACAUGCAGCUACCAACAAGUCAGAGUCCCAGUGAAAUCCCGCCUUACCCCAACCGCAACCUGAUCGCAAGUAACAGCGAAAUGUUCACCGAUAAAGGCGAUGAUUAAAGUGGAAAUAUUUAAAAGCAAAAGCGACGAGCUCGCUCCGCCGCGCUCCAGCAAUGACUCCGCUGGAAAAGCGAAGCGUGUAGCGUGAGAGCCCAGCGCGGAGUGUGAGUAACUAGCAAAGCACUUAGGUAAUCGAAACGCUUAGUAAGCGGUUGAAACGCGCGCUGAGCGGCAGCGUUAGGAAAAAACUUGCCAAAAGUGAAGUGUUUUUGAGGUGUUUUUUUUUUUAAUUUUUUUUUUCUGUUUAAAAGCACAAAAAAAACGUUUGAGGUGCCGGUAGCGGUAGCGGUGGCGGGGCAGAGCAAGUGAAUACAGCAUAUGUGUGUAUGUGUAUGUGUAAGAUAUUAUGAAAAUAUUUUAGUUGAAGUUACACGACUUUCGUACAUUCGCACGUUCUUUUUUUUUGAACUUUAAGCCAAUGUGGCCUUGAAAAGGGCAAACACUCAACUGAAAUUCCAUUGCGCUGAACAAACAAAUAAACAAAAGGUACGAAUACCAUACACAAGUGCCAUCAAAAUGUGGUGGGUCUGGUUAAUUGUUGCAGUUGUGAUCGCCGUCCUCGUUAUUUUCGUAUUAACGCCGCUCCUCUAUAUCUGUUAUAAGCGUAACUACUGGCGUUGGCAUAAUGUGCCCUUCGAGCCACCCGCUCCCGAGUUUGAAAUCCUGCAGCGUCUCUUCGGUCUGCGUCCCACAUUGGAGUGGGAGGAGCUGGAGCACUACGAUUUACUCUAUCGCAACUUCAAAGGUCGCAGUCCAUUUUGCGGUUUCUAUCAUCUCAUGCAACCGCGCGCACUCAUACUCGAUCGAGAGCUGAUUAUGCAGAUACUCAUUAAGAACUUCUCAAAUUUCAAUGAUCGCGGCAUUUACCACAACAGUAAACAUGAUCCGCUCUCUGCUGAUUUGUAUAGUCGACGCGGUAGCGAGUGGAAAGAGAUGCGUUUGCGUCUCGAGCCGAUCUUCGCAAAAGAUGAAAUGCGCUACCUGUACGAUGGCUUGCGCGAGUCAAGCGCAGAAUGGUUGCUGGGCUUCGACCAGCUGGUACGAAACGAGCGCGCACAUAGUGGUUACAUUGAGAUACGUACACAGAUACGUCGUUAUGUAUUGACGACAUUGGCAGCUUGUGUUUUCGAUUUGACUGCGGCGCGCCAAGAAAAGUAUCCGCUCAAUGUUUUCGAAGACAUGACUCAUCUCGAGCACACUACAUCACGUCAUAGCGAGUUUGCGAAUGCAUUCUUACGUCGCUACCCACGACUGGGUAAAAAGAUGAAGUUGCGUACGACAAGUAAAGAGGUUGAAGACUAUUUCACCGGACUCAUUACAGAAGUGGUAAAUGAGCGUGAGCAGAGUAGCACUGAGAAAAAGGACUACAUGCAGCUUUUGGUGAAUUUGAUGCAACAGGAAUUGAGCACACACGAGGUAGAGGAUCAAACUAUGAAGGAACUUAAGGAACACUUGAUGGGCGAGUUGGCGGCGCAUGCUAUAUCUUUCCUGAAAGCUGGACUCCGCCCCACCACACAUACGUUAACGUAUAUAUUGUACGAGUUGGCGCUAAAUGAUCCUAUACAAGAACAACUGCGCGCGGAGAUUGAGGUCGCACUGAAACGACACAACAAUGAACUCACCUACGACUGCUUACGUGAACUUAAAUUUCUCGGUCAGGUCAUAUCAGAAACCAUACGUCUACAUCCCGUCGUCCCGUACCUAAUACGUCGCACACUCACCGACUUCCCAGUGCUAAGUGACAACAAAUAUGUUCUUCCCAAAAAUAUGUUCAUCAUCGUGCCGACACACGCUAUACACAACGAUGCCGAGUACUAUCCCGAGCCGUUCAUCUUUAAACCGGAACGUUUCGGACGCGAAGAUAAUAAGCGCCGCGAUAUCUGUAUGUGGUUGGGUUUCGGCGAAGGACCGCGCAGUUGCAUUGGUCUACAUUUUGCGCAACUAAUUAUGCGUCUACUCCUGGUUCAGCUGAUCACGCGUUACCAUUUCACAGUAGACCGCACGCGGCUGAUGGUGAAGCCGCAGAAUGUGAUUAGAUUGCGUGUAGAUCCUCUUGACGAGCAGGCCGAUGGGAGAGAGGCUGAUGUGGUCAUUUAAGUAAUUUAGAUUAAUGCAGGGUAUCGUUGAAGAGAAGUUUGGUGAAUUUUGUUGAAAGCACAUGGAGUUUUCUGUUGUAAAUAUGUAUAUUUAUUUAUGUCUUUUAAGUAGUUAUAAGAGACAAAGAGUGGUUAAUUACAUGCAAAUGUUGAGUUCAUACUCCAAGUUUCAUUGGAAUUAAAAACAAAUACAUACAAACUAGUUCAAGGGAGUGAAAAUAACGCUACCUCACAGUAUUGGCAUAGCUCUAAGUAUAGAAACUUAUGUAUACAUACAUACAUAUACCAUGAGAUAUCAGCAAUGACAUCUAACUUAAGACGAAUCGCAGAUUUUUUUGUAAAUAAAAGCAAAUGUAUUAUACACAA